AUGGGUGGCGAGCCACCAACACCAUCGCACGUCUCAAUCCACACCCGGCAGCCGACCAUACCGCCUUUCCUUUUUCCCCUACCGCAAUGCAGCUAUGUGUCGUUUCCGCUUUAUUUUUUAUGGCCGCACGCUGCAGCGGAGAGAUAUAACGCACCCGCUCUAACAAAGACUCAAAAUAGUCCCGUCCUUAUCUACCGCUUGCGGGGUGAGUUGGAUGCGAAGAAAAGCCCGCUUGCGCUUUUAGCGCAAACCUGCAGCCAGAUUGGUGCUGAUACAACUCCAACAAAGCCUCUGCUGCCACCGCUUGAUAAAAAGAAAGUGACAAGUGUUAAUAGUGAAGUUAUUAGUCGUUCGUCUCCUAAUAGCGCAAACAAACCGGACAAACCUCGUUCUACCCCGGACAAUAAACAUCUUGCGUUUAAGCCAUACGAAACAAAUGUAGUUUCUAAAAAACCUGACGAGCCUCGUCCAUCAUCAAAAGCAAGUUCAGACAGUUCUGAUGAUAAAAAAUCAGGAAAAAGUACCCCUGGCCGUAAAUCUACGCCACCUACUACUGAGAAUGGAAAAAGCAGUCCUUCUACGGAGACAAAAUCUUCCCCCACGGGUUCCUCUGGAACCAGCCCUAUAAUCCGAUCUGGGUUGGAGGUUUUAGGCCACGGAAAAGAUCAUCUCGGUGCUUUUAAGAAUUUGCCUGGCCUACCUGGAUUCAAUCCUUUGACCGGACUUUGCUGUCCACCUGGGAUGGAACAACAUGGGAAUCCUGCAUUUAGGCCCCCUUACGCCGGUGCCCCGUUCAGCGCUCAUCACGCAGCUAUGCUUGCCGCUGCUGCCGCGUUCCCUGGAUCAUCUCCAAAUCCUUAUCUUGGUUAUGCCCGAGUUAAGACACCCGCUGGAGGGGAAACGUUGGUGCCUGUUUGCAAAGACCCCUACUGUACUGGAUGCCAAUUUUCAGUGAAUAACCACCACUUGCUAAUGAGCAACGGAUCAUGUCCCGCUGGUUGCACACAAUGUGAACAUCAAAAGUACAACUUAGCAAUGGCAAUGGCACUCUCACAGCAAGGUGCCGCCGCCGGCGGUCUCCCUUACCCUCAAUUAAGUCGCCCCUAUGUAUGCAAUUGGAUUGUCGGGGAAUCUUACUGCGGAAAAAGGUUUGGAAACUCCGAAGAGCUGUUGCAACAUUUAAGAAGUCACACAACAGACGGUUCAACUCCUGCGUCCGUGUCUUCAACGCAGCCAUCUUUAUUGAACCCUUUGAACCCCCUUUUCACAACAGCUGGCUUGAGAAGUGCUUAUCCGACGGCACCGCUGAGCCCUCUCUCGGCUAGCCGAUACCAUCCUUACUCAAAAGCUGCGCUCCCGGCUGGUAUUGGAGCUUCACCGUAUGGUGCCUUUAAUCCUGCCCUAGGCCCCUUCUAUUCACCGUAUGCUAUGUAUGGCCAAAGGAUUGGGGCUGCUGCAGUGCACCAAUAAAUCAAAUAGUGCAAACUUGAACAAUCCUGGACUGAUUUAUAAUUUAAUGUCGUGUUGUCCAAUUUUCUUCUGUGAUAUUGAUAGACUCUAAUAAUUCAAAUGCGGCCUAUCGCCCAUGACAAAAUUAGUGAUUAGUGCAAUCUAAAUAAGUAAUAAUAUAAUUUAUAGAAGUGAGUUGCCUAAGGAGCUGCUUCUACGCAAGUUAUGUCGAAGAUAUGUGAGGACUCUGUACAGCCAAAUGAUUUGUGUAAAUAACAAUCUCUAUGUUUAAUAAUAAAUGAAUUAUUUCAAAUAUAAUAUCUACAUAAAAA